AUGAAGCUCUCUGCUGAUUCCGUUACCAGCAGCACCUUUACAAGUACCAUUCGGGCCAAGGAAGGUAAGCUGCUCUGUUUCCUCUUGGUGGCGUGGACGGCUUCCCGGUCCCUGUUCCUGCCUGGUGCGGGCAGCAAUGAAGCCCGAUCUCUGUUGAAGAGUCCAUCAGUUUCGUUGUCACAAUCAUCAGCAUCCCCGCAACUUCCAGCAUCACAAGAGUCUCUGUUCAAGAGACUAGCUCCACUCCAUUUUCCCAUGGACAUGAAGACGGGCAUCAUUCAGUUUCCUCCCGAUGUCACGUCGGUGAUUAUUGACAUUGGAGCUCGUCAAUCGGAUUACUUGGGGACACUGGAAAAGAGUCCCGAAGAAUCCUACAUUGCUCUCAUCCUAAUCGACCCCUUGCCCGAAUCCAUUACUUGGGGACACUGGAAAAGAGUCCCGAAGAAUCAUCCAUUGUCCAAGCACAAGGCUGUAUCGGGACAACAGGCAGGAACCAUGACGGUCAUGGUCUUUCCAUUGAAAGAUUUGUUGGAUCACAUUCCCAGCAAUAUCAAAUCGAUUCAUCUCAAAGUCGAUGCCGAAGGCGCCGAUUUGCAAGUCCUCAAAUCUGCCGGCGAUUCGCUGAAAAAGGUAUCGAGUGUUGUUAUUGAAUGUCAGGAUUUGGAACCCAAUGACAAACACAUCCUACGACAAGGAUCCUGUCUCUUGUCACAAGCCAACGAGUAUAUGUGUCAAACGCAAACCUUUUGCAAUACAAAGGCGGAAAUCUCGGGACCGAAAAAUUGCAUGCGAUGGUCAAUGCCUUUUUUACCAAACAAUCGUCAUCAUCAUCAAUUUAUGUGCCAUCCUAUUUGCAAAAAUCGGGGAUUCAAUUUUCCAAGUGGUAUCAGUCCAUUGCAUCAGGAGUUGUGGUCUCAUGAUUUGAUUCUUCUUUCGUCGUCCCCUAACAAUAUCGUACUCUGCGGUACCUCCACUUGUCAUUCACGGUUCGGUUGGUUAAAUACUUGGGGCAACCAAACCAAGCAACACUGCACUUGGGGUAGUAUCCAAACAAAAGAAUUGGAGCAAUCCUGUAUGCGCCGACAGUAG